AUAUUUGCGCACCAGUAAUUCUUCAAACCUCAUCAUAUAAAGCGGGUUCUGGGGGGUAGCAUAUCGCCACACCAGAAAACCUUCUUAAUUGAAACAAGUCCAUUUUCUCGUUUCUCUUUUUCUUUCCUCUGACAAUCAAUUUCCGAACACCACAAUGGCUGAAGCACUUGUAUCCUUCCUUGUAGAGCAGUUGGGUUCCUUCAUCUUCCAACAUGUGGAACAAAAUGUGAAACUUGUUGUGAAUGUCAAAAAAGAAGCAGUAAACCUUACCCUCAACCUCAAAACUAUUCAAGCUGUGCUGGCAGAUGCAGAGAGGAGGCAAGUCAAGGAGGACAGCGUGAGACGCUGGCUCAACAAUCUGAAAGAAGUGUCGUACGAGGUAGACGAUGUGGUGGACGAGUGGAGCACUGAAAUCCUGAAACAACAAAUCGAGAACCAAGGUGACAAUGCUAUUGUACCUAAGAAGAAGGUAUGUUUCUCUAUUCCCUUCCGUUGUCUUGGUACUGGCCAAGUCACUCAGAUAAUUUCUCGUCGUGACAUUGCUGUGAGGAUAAAAGAGUUGAAUGAGAAGUUAGCUUUGAUUCAUGAACAGCAAAAAUUUUAUAAGUUCCUUCAAAAUGAAAUAGAAUUUGAGCAACCUGAACGAUUGAAAAGUUCUUCAAUUGUCAAUGAAUCUGAGAUGUUUGGUAGAGACGAUGAAAGGAAUGAACUAGUAAGCCAGUUAGUGAGUGAGCAUAGUGAAGAAAGGAAGAAGCCUCUUGUCAUAUCUCUUGUAGGUAUGGGGGGGAUCGGCAAAACAACCCUUGCCCAACUAGUCUAUAAUGAUAAAAAGGUGAAGGAUUGUUUUCAAACAAGAAUAUGGGUUUGUGUCUCAGAACCCUUUGUACAAAUUGCAGUUGCCAAAGCCAUCCUUGAGGGUCUUAAGGUACCAGUCCCAAAUUCAGAUGAGCUAGAAACUUAUGUUCAACAUAUAUCUGACUCUAUUCAGGGCAAGAAGUUCCUUCUUGUCCUAGAUGAUGUUUGGGACUCAAACCAUAGAAAGUGGGAUCUCUUCUUGACAACAUUACAGUGUGGUGGCUCAGGGAGUAGAAUUUUGGUUACAACGCGAAUAGCGAAAGUUGCUACUACAAUGGGAGCAACUAGUGACCACACAAUCCAUUUAAAGGAGUUAGGUGAUGAAAUUUGUCGUUCAUUGUUCUAUCACAUUGCAUUUUUUUAUGGUGAGAGAAAAGAGCCUAAAAGGUUUGAAGAUAUUGGUAAUAAAAUUGUAAAGAGGUGCAAAGGCUUGCCUCUUGCUGCGAAGACUUUGGGUAGUCUACUGCGGUAUAAGGACACAGUGCAACAAUGGGUAGAUGUUUUGAAUAGUAAGAUAUGGGAAUUUGAAGAGGUUGAGCAACAAGUUUUCCAACCGUUAUUAUUAAGUUACUAUGAUUUAGAACCACUUUCCAAACGUUGUCUUUUGUAUUGUGCUACAUUUCCUAAAGAUCAUAAGAUUGUCAAGGAUGAGUUGAUUGAGUUGUGGAUGUCACAAGAUUAUCUUAGAAGUAAAGGGGGAAACAAAGAAGAUAAAAUAGUUGGUCAAAGGUGUUUUGAGAACUUAGUAUUGCGGUCUUUUUUUCAAGAUUUUAAGAAAGAUUAUGAGGGGAACAUUGAAAGUUGUAAAAUGCACGACAUCGUGCAUGACUUUGUGCAAUAUUUGACCAAGGGUGAAUGCUUUAGUAUGGUGGUUAAGGGUGCUAAUGAGAGAAUGGAGUUACCGGGUGAUGAGGUCCGUCAUUUGUCUUUAAUGUUUGCACCCGAGGGUCCAUUUCCUGUUUCUUCUCUCAACUGUAAGAGUUUGCGCACUCUCACAGCUUUUGAAUCGAAACUUACUAGAAUUGGCUUUGAGUUGAUUUCGCAAUCAAAAAGCCUUAGGACUUUGAAUUUGAGUAAAAACUCGAUUCGAGAAGUUCCAAAGGAGAUUGGUGGAUUGAUACAUUUGAGGUAUCUGGACUUGUCUCAUAACAGUAAACUGAAGGAAUUGCCCGACAGUUUAGGUGAUUUAUACAAUCUGCAAACCUUGCGACUUGUCAAGUGUGAACAACUUGUCAAAUUUCCUGAUGAAGAGGUAAUGAGAAAGCUAACCAAGUUAAAACAUCUUUAUGUUGAGGAUUCCCCUCGUCUAAAAUCAAAAGGGAUAGGGAGGUUAACUGGUCUGCAAAAGCUAGAUGUGUUUCAUCUAAAUGGUUAUAAAGGUGAGGACAAAGAAGGGACGUUGAAGUUGCAAGAUUUGAAAAACUUGAACCAACUUGAAGGGAGUCUUUCCAUUGCACACUUGGAGUCCAUGGAAGAUGCGAGUGAGGGUGUAAAGGCAUGUUUGAGUGAGAAACAUCUCCUUCAUCAUCUGCGUCUAGAUUUCUUAUGUCUCCAAUGUAGAAAGUGGCCGAGAGAAGAAGGGAGGGGCCAAAAUGAUAGAGAAAUACUGAAUGGGCUGCAACCACAUGGAGGUUUGGAAUCAUUGGGCAUCUGGCACUACCAGCUGGCUACUUCUCUGUGUCCCAAUUGGAUCUUGUCUUUACAUAAUCUAAGGGCGAGUUUGGCCCCGAGGUGAUUAAUUUAAAAGCAGCUUUAGCUAUACUGUGAGUAUAAUCAGCUGUGAGUAUAAUCAGCUGGGUGUUUGGUAAACUGUGCUUUUAAAAGUGUUGUGAGUACAAAAGCAGUGUUUAAGUGUUUGGUAAACUUUAGUAUAAAAGU